GCCUUUUCUAGCAGUUUGUUGGAUUUUUCCGUCGACCUUCAGUAGGACAAUUUCCGCAGUACGCAUUUAAUUUAGGGUGUGCUCAGCUGUGCUAUUUAGGAAGUUGCAAAAAAUUGUGAAAUCUUUGGGAAAACUGUUCAAUUUUCCAGUGAAUUUAGUGAAAAGUGAUAGAAGGGAUACCAAGGAGUGUGUAGGAAGUGAAUAAAUAGUGAGAUACAGAGUGUUUUUGGGGAAAAUAAGCCAAACAUUGUCUAACCUCGUGGAAGCACAUGGGCCAGGAACGCCAGGAAAAAUGUCAGUAAUCAGUGAAAGGACACUAACGUCCAUCCUGAAGGAUCAUUCUACGAUUGGACGUGAUCGGGCGUUCCAGGAGGUGCAGAAUAAGGUGAGAUUUAGCAUAACAUGUCAGAAGACUGUGCAGGAUGUCCUCAAGAAUGCCAUGGAGGGCAAUUUUGCCGACUAUGAGGAAUAUAUCAUGAUGAUGAAGACUUCCGUGCUGACGGAUGAUAUCUUCUUGAGGAUAGUGAGGAAUUCCAAAGAGUGUAUACAUCUGCUAAAGCCAGAAUUCAAAGGAUUUGUCGAGACAAUUCUCUCCCUGAAUUGGACAGAGAAGAGUCCGGAGAUCCGGGAAGAAUUCAAAGGUUUCCUGCUGGAAUUGCUAGUGACCCACAAUAAAUAUGCUCGACAUGGGAUUGAUAGACUAGUUAGUACGUGGAUUCCUGAGGAAAAUGCAGCUGUUAAUUGGCCUCUUGGGACUCCCAAUGAGGAAAUCCGGGAGAAAUUGAAUGAUGUCCAUGAGGUACUGGCUAAGCUAGUAGAAUUAAUUCCAAUGGCAUCUUCUGUGAUCAUUCGAGCCAUCGAUACCCUCUUUCCCUACUUCAAACGCUCCCCGCACAUUCUCAGUGGCUACAUUCACAACAUCUUCUGGAUGCUCAGCUACCAGCCCGUGUUCACAGAAGACAUCCUCAAAAUUGUCCUGACACGUCUCCUGAAAGUCGACGUCAAUGCUCCGAGGAAUGAGAUUGAAGAGGCAGAAGAUGAGGAAGAGAUGGAGGAUAUCUUUGAAAUGGACGAUGUCCGGGAGUACAGACCGGAUGAAAUGAAGAAUUCCCUGGCAGAAUCCCUGGACAUCUGCCUGGGGAAACUUUUCCAAUUCCUAGAACAGACAUUUACCACAAAUUCAACAUCCUCAGAGCAGACAUUUAGAAGCAUAAUGAAUGUCUUUGAGACAGUAAUCCUUCCUGCUCACAAUCCCCAUCACAUUCAGUUCUUCAUCUUCUACACCAUGAGCCUCCGACCGGCCUUCGUCCAGCACUUCGUCAGCAAUCUCUGGGCCAAAGUGUGCAAUCCCAAUGUGGCUCCGGCUAUCCGCCAAGUCUCAAUUUUCUACAUUGCCAGCCUCAUGGCCAGGGCAAAAUUCCUGCCCCUGGAACUCCUGAGGCAGAUGCUAAAGGAAUUCUGUGGCUUUGCCCAUCAAUACAUCUCCGGCUACGACUCCUCCCGCAGCGAUGGCUCAAUCCGGGCCCAUGGAGUCUUCUUCUCCAUCUGCCAGGCCAUCUUCUACGUAAUAGCUUUCCGGAGUCGGGAUUUGACCAGUGACAAGAAGAGCCUCAUGUUCCUGCAAUCCCUCCAUCUGUCAGCCAUUGUCACCUCGCCACUCAAUCCACUCAGAGUUUGCCUCCCUCCCAUCGCCACAGCAUUUGCCGGAGUCACGAGAGCUCAUCAACUGACCUACUGCCACACGAUCCUGGAGCGCAAUGCCAGGAAGAAACUGGCCACUGUCUACAUGAGUGACGUAGAGAUGCCUGAAGAGUCCCUAGACACCUUUUUCCCCUUUGAUCCGUUUCUUCUCAAAAAAUCCUCAAAGUACAUCGAGAAGAUUUACCUGAAAUACCAAGCGAGCGAGGCUGAGGAAAAGCCAGUUGAGGAAGAUGAAGCUAGGCGAAAAAGGAAAGACACAAUUGGUGAUGAAGAUGACUUUAUUGCGGAAAAACGCGUGAAGGUAUCCUCUAGCGAUCUGGCCAAGAGUCCCGAAAUGCAAUUUGGCUACAGUCUGUCGCCGGGAUUUCACGCAUAAAUCAAAAAAUAAGAUUUUUCUAAUAAAUCUUGAUAAAUUAUUUGAA